AUGCAAGCAAGAAAUCAUGGGUUCACUUUUUUUUUUUUACUCCAACAAAACCAAAACGGUUUUGGUACGUUUGGAGGGAUAGAGGACUUGGACUUUGCUUUUGAUGAUAAUAGCAUUUCUGCCUUUUCUGCUAGACCAGGAAGGAAGCACUUUUUAGCGUUGAAGAAAGAUAUUGGGGUUGCAAUUUUGGCAUAUAAAGCUGAAGCUUUAGAGUUGCAGAAACAACUCAGGCAUAUUCAGUCUCAAUUUGAUAUGCACACUGGCCAGGCUUUGUCUUUAAUCCAAGGGAGACGGGCACGGGUUGCUGCAACAUCUACUCUCGAUGGACACCUUACAGAUCUAGAUGAUAGUCUUUCAGCGAGAAAUUUAGAGUGGACAACUUUGGGGAGGAGAUGGUACCUUAAGCUCUUGGGUUAUGCCAGAAUUUGCUGCAUUUUGGAGGUGCAUGAACACAGCUGAAGAUGAAGCUGAUGAUCCUGGUGCUUUGGCUGCAGUUGGCUGUUUGUGUGCCAUUAGCACAAUUCUUGAAUCAGUGAGCAGGCUUCCUCAACUUUUUGUCCAAGUUGAACCAACGUUGGUCCCUAUAAUGUGUAGAAUGUUAACAAGUGAUGGCCAAGGACCUUGUGUAUGCUUCCGAAAAGGCAGCUCAGGUUCAUGUGCACCGUAGUGGUAUGAUUUCUGCCUAUGAUCUGUACGAACUAUUUAUGUACGGAUUGGUAUGUCUAUUCACUUUGCACUAAAAAGAAUAGAACACUAGGUUAGUUGUUUAUAUCUUUCCAGUUUUAAGCAAGUCUGUAAACAACUAGAUUUAUUAAUCUAUCCCUUAAUAUGGGCUGCUUAUUUUUUCCUUUUUUAUCCAGUCAAUGAAUGUAUGGAUCCUUGGUACUUAGUUCUUUCCAUUAAAACACAUAUUUGGUGCUUU